AUGGUUAACCGAGGCUUCGGGCCAGAUGAUCGUCGGCAAAAGGACGCGCAGGAUGGCGUGACCCAAGAACAUGCUUCGGCCGAUGUAGAGAUGAUCAACACAGAGUUUGAUCCCACUCAGUUCCCCGACAUACCGCCCAGGUCCCCGUGCCUGUCUUCAGACGCUGCGGCCUUGGAUGUCGGGUCCCGAGCUGUGGAUUCAGGUGCUCAUUUGAGUAUCUCCAAGCCUAGCUUGGACUGCAGCUGGGGUCGCUUCCAGAUCUCCAAAGUCAAGCACCAAGAUACCACGUUCGGCUCGGGAAAGGAAAUCGGGGUGCCAUGGUCAAUUGGGUUGCUCUGGGACUGGAAAGCAGGGUUCAGUGGUCGCGGCACAAGAGUUCUCAAAGUGCAUAUCAAGGUGCAGACAUACUCAGCUCAGGAACCCUUGGCUGACGGAUGUGGUGAACAGGGAACAACUAUUGCCGAAAGCAAUACCGCACGAGAGCUCUCAAAAAUCAACAUGCGCCUCGACCAGCAACGCGAAGAUAUCGACGAGAACAACGCGAUGAUCGCCUAUAUCGGGAACGCCCAGUACACUUUUGAGAGCACCUUGGACAGAUUCGAGGACCAACUUGAUGACCACUGCCUCAACUGCAAUCAAAAGCCAGAAAAGAUUUCUGAUAAUUCUAAUGAAUUGUCUUUCACCGCUCGCGUCAAAGUGGCCCGCAGCCUUCAUCAGAACAAGGGUCAAGAAGGAAUGCGCGAGACGAAUGCGGCACUGGCCUCGGAGAAUGCCAUGCUCAAGGAGCAAGUUGAGAAGCUCACCUCUACUGUGGCCGAUCUGAUGGGUCGAUUUGCCAAGCUUCAGUCCACCGUUCACUGUAAAGAGGCAGAGCGGAAGCUCGGCGAGUUAGAAGUCUAA